AUGGAGACAAACCUGCCCAAGGCGUCGACGAGGAACUCCCUCUGCGCAAAUGAGAGCCCCCUCUUCUCGCCUCGCAUGAUGUUGCGGGGAAUGGAAGUGAACGGGGUGCGGCCCGAGGACGAAGAGGAUCCGAAUCCGGCACCGAAGGAAGCGCUGGGCUUCGCGGAGCUGGAAAAGAAUCCCUGGCUGGCACCGCCGAAAGACCUAGCGCCGGACGAGGAAGAGGAUCCCGCAAAGGAUGAAAACGCACUCCGUGCGGAGGAAGAGAAGCGUGAACGACCACGAUUCAUGGUCGAGCGUGCAGAAAAGAUGAAGUAA